AUGGAUACAGCGCUUUCUUACACUGCCUUCCCCAAUAAUCCCAAUCGCAAGCCCAGCGCAAUUGGCGCUUUACUUCGAAACUGGGCCCUGGGGACGAAACGCGACUUCCUUCCCCUCUUGUUUCCCAUGGAUACUGGCCUUCCCCGUCGUCUUGUCCUAUCCCUUCUGCUGCUGCUGCUGGCCUGUCAAAGUGCUCUGGCGGGCUUCGUGGUUGACCAGAACGGACAAGUAUGGGAGGUGAAAUAUCAGCCGCGGUGGGCGAUUGUCAUCCCGCUCAUCAUCUCGAGUAUUCUUCUGCUCGGAGGCGUCGUCUUCCUCGCGUACUGGCUCAUCAAGCGCCGCUACGAAGAGAGUGACGUGUACGACGAGCAGGAGCAGCCCAAGCCCGCGGGCGGCGCAACCGUUUAG